AAAUAUGGCCAUCUGAAGAUCGAGAAAAAUGAGAAACCCUAUCCUUACUCACAAGGGAGCCUUCCUGAGUGUAGCUAAAGAGCCUUACCUAUGCAAACACAGGAAUUUCCUAACUUGUGGUCAUUUCAGAAAAAGGAGAAGUUCCUACUCCAAAGAAACAGACAUUCGACAGCACAGCUGAAGAAAGAUUAGCAGCAUUUUCUGCCUCAUCUAUCUCUUUUCUCCUAAAGAAGAUCCACUGGGCCAAAGCACUGGCUUCAUUCUAAUACCACAGCACACCUGACCUGUGCUGGAUGGACAUCUUUGUUCCAGGGCCAAUGGGUCCAGCUCUCUUGAUGCUCUUGGUAGCAGCUGAUAUCUGGCAUGGAUCAGCAUCUCCCAUAAUCACUCCUAAUCUCUCCACUGUGAUUGUGGACAAAGGAGACCCAGUAAGCUUACUUUGCUCUGGGAAUUCCAGCGUAGAGUGGGUUGACAUACAGAAUGGAUCUAAUGUUAUGGUGUACACCAAUGGCACCCUCUAUGUAUCCAAGGCCAGUUGCAAGGAUAUGAGAAACUACCAGUGUGCUUACGUCAACGGGAUCAAACAGGAGGUGGCAUCUGUAUUUCUGUUUGUGAGAGAUCCUAGGUCAGCAUGGUGCUGCCUUCAAAAGUACAUUACAGCGACAGAAGGUAGUGAUGCAGUGCUGCCAUGCCUGAUCACUGACCCAGACUUCACAAGUAAUGUUACCCUGCUGAAUGGCUCAAACAUCAUCUCCUCAGGAUUCUCUUUCAGUGCUCAAGAGGGAAUACGUUUGCACAAAGUAAACAAGAAUGAUGUGGGAUGGUACAAGUGUCGGGCUCUGGUUCAAGGACAAUGGGUAGAGUCACCAGAAAUUGUCCUCCUUGUUGAAGCAAUUGUAUCUGUCACCAUUGAAAAAGAGGAAAAUGUGAGAAUACAGGGAGAACCUUUUGAGAUCACCUGCAGAAUAAGUUGCGCUUCUCAUAGCUAUGAGGGCAACUGGACCUAUCCUUCCACUGUGAAUGUCAGCUUGACUAAAGUGGAAGGUUUUGAUGACACCCUUAACGUAUACUUCACAAACUACAUCCUAUCCAUUCCAGCAGUGCAGUUACAAGACAGUGGAACAUAUACUUGCUUUGGAAGCAAUUCUGCAGGAACCUUUAAUUCUUCAGCUGUCCUCCGGGUGACAGAGAAUGGAUAUGUGCGAUUGUCCACCUUGCAGAACAGAAGCCAGGAAACAAAUUUGCAUGGCAGCCUGAAACUGCAGGUGCUAAUUGAUGCUUAUCCUAGACCUUACACAUGGCGAUGGACACAUAUGAACCCAUCAAGAAGAUCUGAGAAUUCCACUUUCAUAGGCCAAAUCACUUCUGGUAACAAUAGGUACAACAAUACACUUAAGCUGACCUGGAUGGAGGAAAGGCAUAGUGGAAUAUACACAUUUUUUGCAGAUAAUGGUGCAGACAGCGCAUCCAUUACUUUCACUAUCUCAGUGAAAACCCCACCUGCAGCUAGACUGACAGCCAACAACUCUAGCAGCCUUUGGUGUGAAGCCGCCGGUUAUCCUGCUCCACACAUUGAGUGGUAUAAAUUGCCCCGUAAUCAUCAUGCCGACAGAUGUGACCAAGGUGGAAUACUGCUUAAGAACGACACCAGCCCAGAGAUCAUGGGUAAAAUUCCCUUUGGAAGAGUGUCAUUGAAGAGCAUCCUUGAAAUUGGUGAUAUGCUAGAUAAUGUGACAUUUUGCUGCCUAGCAGUUAACAACAUGGGGAAUGAGUCCAGCUUCAGUUCAUCAGUUCUUUCAAUUAAAGGAGAAAUGGAAAACCUAAGUGGGAUCUCCAAACCAGUUAUAAUCUGUGCAGCAAUAAUGGUUUUUCUUCUUCUGUGUAUCCUGUUCUUAUUCUACAAAUAUAAACAGAAACCACAGUACCAAGUCCGUUGGAAGAUCAUUGAGGCCUGUGAAGGAAACAAUUACACCUUUAUUGAUCCCACCCAGCUUCCCUACAAUGAGAAAUGGGAAUUUCCUAGGAACAACUUGCAAUUUGGAAAGACCCUUGGAGCUGGAGCUUUUGGAAAAGUGGUUGAAGCCACUGCUUUUGGUCUUGGGAAUGAAGAUUCUGUCCUGAAGGUGGCUGUGAAAAUGCUGAAAUCAACAGCACAUACUGAUGAGCAAGAAGCCCUCAUGUCAGAACUGAAGAUUAUGAGCCAUUUAGGCCACCAUGAGAACAUUGUCAACCUGCUGGGAGCAUGUACCCAUGGAGGCCCUGUCUUUGUCAUUACUGAGUAUUGCCCUUAUGGGGACUUGCUGAAUUUCCUUCGAAAGAAAGCAGAGUGUUUUAUAAUCCAGGAUUUAACCUUGGAGUCCUCUCUUGAUAGCAUGGCAGCUGACUAUAAAAAUAUCUAUCUUGGGAAGAAAUAUGUCUGGAGUGACAGUGGAUUUGGAAGCCAGGGUGUGGACAGUUAUUUGGAAAUGAGACCAGUGACAGCAUCACUCUCUGUGCCAGCAAAAGAGAAGCAUUCAGUGUCAGGAGAGGAAACAGACAGCCAUCCUGUUGACCUGCAUGAUUUGCUGCAGUUCUCCAACCAGGUGGCCCAGGGAAUGGCUUUUCUUGCUUCAAAAAAUUGCAUCCACCGAGAUUUGGCAGCAAGGAAUGUGCUAGUGGCUGAUGGACAAGUGGCCAAAAUCUGCGACUUCGGCCUGGCUAGAGACAUUAUGAAUGAUAUAAACUACGUUGUUAAAGGCAAUGCUCGCCUGCCAGUGAAGUGGAUGGCACCAGAAAGCAUCUUUGAAUGUGUCUACACAGUACAGAGUGAUGUGUGGUCUUAUGGCAUCCUUCUCUGGGAGAUAUUUUCCUUAGGCAGGAGCCCCUAUCCUGGCAUGAAAGUGAACAGCAAGUUUUAUAGCCUGGUAAAACAGGGAUAUCAUAUGGGCAGACCAGAGUUUGCUCCAGAGGAUAUAUACAACAUCAUGACUGCGUGUUGGAAUGUGGAGCCCACUCAGCGGCCUACCUUCAGUCAGAUUUGCACUUUCCUUCAAAAGCAGCUGGAUGCCAGCAAGGAACAGGGUUAUACAAACCUGCCAAGCACCACAGAAGAAGACAGUGGAUGUGAGCCUGCCAGCUACUGCGAGGAAUCCUGUGACUCUGAGGAGAUGGUCCAACCCCUUCUGAACAGCAACAAUUACCAGUUCUGUUAAAGGGUGUAUAAUCGCAGCCUACCUGUUUCUUCCGUUUAACUGAGAUGUAGAUCUCAUGCAGCCAUUGCUUUAGGGGCACUUCAGAUCAGAAAACCAGAAAUAACGUGCACGUUGUAGCCUUACACUGGAUUGGCAGUAGACUUGAGGACAUGGACCUUUGCCUGCAAUUACAUUCCCCACUCCCACCCAUGUCACUUGCAACUGGCUUCACCGUUAUAUCUAGCUUAGCUUGGAGUAUACAGGAAGCUUGGCCAGAAUCAUCAUAUAAAGAAUAAUUCCUAAGAAUUGAUAAGAUCAGUCAAAAGGAAAUUGCCAAACCUUUAUCCAUUUCAACUCACACUCAGUGAUUUCGCAGUGUGAGGCUGGGAAAAGAGCUAUCUGUUAGUCACUUCUUAGAGGGGAAAUUACCUCAGCUAGAAGAAAAAUUUCUCUCUUCCUUUUCCACAGAUAAGAACUUCAAAAAAGAAAGUAACAGCAAUUUCUUUUCUCGCUUGUGAUUACUACUACACCAUAUGUUAAUCAUGUAAAUAGAAAAUUAAGCAUUUUAAACUGGUUUUCAGUAGUAUAACCAACCUAUUUAGAUUUAGAUUUUAAACGCUCAUUACUAAUGAGUGACUUACAGUGCAAUACUAUACAUGGCUACUCAGGAGUAAUUGAGUUCACUGGGGUUUACUCUCAGGCAAGUCAGUAUAGGAUUGCAACUUCUAUUACUUAACUGAUACAAAUAACUGCUUUAUUUUGGAGGGAUUAAGGAAUAAGUGAAAAUUUAGUGCUGUAUCUCCGAACUACUUACAAGAUCUGAACAGGGUGGUUCAUGACAGAUGCUAUUGGAGGUCACUGAUUCAUAGGGUCGCCAUAAGUCGUAAUCGACUUGAAGGCACACAACAACAACAACAUCUCCAAACUGGAUUGAGCUUUUUGGGGAGGGGGGAAUCUCAGAACUUUCAGGGUGAUCGAUCACGAUGCUACAUCAUCCUCAAGUUCGAAGGCCUCACUUUGCAAACCAACUUAAAACAUAAGCAUGCCCCUCACUGGAAAGUCAUUAAUAUCUUCCCCCACCUUCAUAGGGGAACAGAUAAUCUCACAGAAGGGGAGCAUUUUGAUCCAGCCUUAGCAAAUACUGUUUAAUACUGACUCAGAUAUAAAUGCAGCCAUCAUUAUAAGCUAAUGUUUGAUUGCUUAAUCAUUCUAUAGUCUUUAGAAACUGGUAAUUUAUAAGAGUAUUUGACAAAUAAGUACUUUUUUGGUUAAUGGGGGAGGAAGUAAAAGCUUAAUUCAUUCUUCCAUUCAAAUGGAAAAAGUCAAAAGGAGCACUAAGCUACUGUCUGCACUAAUUAAGUUAUUAAACAAUACUAAAAAAUAGCUACAAUUAGAAGUAGCAGAAUUAGAAGGAAAGCUGGUUAUUAAAAUCAUUAAAUCAGUGACAGCAAAACAACAAGCAUUGAGAUAACUAAAAACAGAAUUUGAAUGGCUUGGUAUGGAACAGUUCAACCAUAUAGGGAGUGAUCUAGAAAAGGAAGUAUCUAAAGGCCCACUGAUUUUAAUGGGAGACUUAUGAAAUUGUGUAAUGUUUUCCUAUAGAAAACAGUGGGUUUUACUAAUGCAUGGAUCAUACCAAUAGCUGAUAAAGUUGCUACAUUUACUGAAGCAAACACAGGUCUCAAUUUCUUGAGACUUGACCCUUGGGUGCCAACAACACUAGUUGUGUGAAGAAAAAACACCCAGUCACAUAAUUCUUCUGAAACAUCAGGACUUGAUUAGUUAUUAGCAAACAUUUGGGCUUUGCUAAAUGAUAAUUAAAAAUGAUACUUUAUUUAGAUCAGGGGUGGGCCUUCAGAUGUCAUUGGACUUCAUCAACCCCAGACAGCAUGGUCAAUGGUCAGGGAUGAUUGGAGCUGGUAGACACACAAUAUCUGGUGGGGCAGAGAUUCCCCAUCCCUGAUUUAGAGCAAGAUCCUGAUAAAGGAAGAGAUAAAAAGCCUAUCUAUUCUGGUUAAGCUUUAUAAUAAUUGGCUGAAAACAGUUACAAAUAGCUUGAAAUACACUAGAAAUGGAAGCAAAGCAACAUUAGACCUCUCAGGUCUUUGCCCCUAAAACUUGUACAUAUAAUAUGUUCAAAAACUCAGGAAAAGUCCACAAGUGAUGUUUCCAAGAGAGGCUUUGUAGCAGAAGAGAAAAGCAACAACUAAACAGGUGCCUUUAAUUUAAAUCAGUGAAACAAGGACUUUUGUCAGUAUUUGAUCAUGUGUGCAUUGAUAAGUUUAAAGACAGCCUCCCCCCCUUCAAAAAUUGAGUAAAACAUUCAGGAAUAUAUCCAAUAAAAAGGUAGAAAUGCAGAGCGUUUGUGGAUUGAUUCACACAUGCAUAUAUGUAACUUAACAGUUCUCUGGCAGCUGAAGUUGUGAAUUGAUUCACUCCAUUGAAAAGGGGAUUGUUUGAUAGGAAAGUUGUCUGUAGUAAGUUCUGGAAUGGACUGUUCAUAGUCCCAUGUCUCAUGACAUGCAAGUAUGUUUGACCCACCCCAACCCUAAGGCAGAUUUUCAUUGCUCUACUAUGGACUAGGUUUCAUAUGACUGGAUUCCACAGGCUGAAAUAAUUCCGUUUAGCUCUCUGAAAAAUUAGGAGUCUGACCUGCUAUCCAGAAAAUUACUCAGCAUUGCUGCUGUGACCUGUUUUGUUGGCACCACUAUGAAUGAAAGAUGCUGUUUCAACGGAGCUUAUUGUUGUGCCGGUUCCAGUGCGUCUCCACCUCUGUUUUCCAAAAAUGGGGGCACACAAUGCUAGUCAAACUCCAUCCCUUUUUACUCUAAAACCUGGUCAGAUCAGCUCAAGUUUGUUUUUUUUAAUUCAGCUUCAGAGAAAUUUCACAACUGAUUGGUGGAUCAACCUGUUUGCCUUCUAUGUGUGGCUAAUGGAAACACUGCUGUAGGCUCAGGCAGAGACAGUGAUUGGCCAACACUUUCCUGUGGGUGGCCCUGAAAGGUCUGAAGUCAGCAAUGGGGGAGGUGUGUCCAGCAGAGGGCAGACUUGUUUCAAAAUGCAGCCAGAAAAACCAGUCUGCUUUUGAACAGACUAGUGUGCCCACAGCCUGAGUCUAGCAGCUUGGGGCCAGAGGCUGUUGGAACUGACUUUCAAAGUCAGAUAUCCUUGGAAAGAGGAUAGCAGUACGCUUGGGUAUGCUCUGGAUUCCUGUGUGGAUGUGUUCGCAGGAAAAGGAGAUCUUUACAAAUGCCCUGUCAUAUUGUAAGACACAGCUUUGUUAUGAACUGAGCAUUAAAUUAAUAAAUCAAAGAGUGGAACUGAAAAAAUUGAUGCAGCAGCAGCAAAAAAAAAGCUAACCUCUAAAUACCAUUUGAAGAUUUGUUACAAUAUAGAAUGCUAUGCAGUUAAGCUACUAUACACUUGCACUAAGCAUUAGCAUAAGAAAUGGUUUUCAGGCUGCUCUCAAUAAAAUUGCAUAUGUGUGCGCAAACAUACCAUGCAAAUGAGAAGAUUCAUGGCUGGGGCAGGGUGUGUGUGCUGAUGAAUCCAGCACUGUCACGGGAUCCCAGGCAUUCAGUGCCUUUCACUAGUUAAGGCUGGUGCACUAGUUGAAACUCCUCAGGAAAGAAAUGGCUUGGCCGUGAUCACCUUUGCCUUGGUAGCCAUCACAUAGAUGACUGCAGUGUGUAACAUCUGAGGCUAUCUUAGUGGACACUUCAGCUAGUCCAAAACCCAGCUGCUGGGUUACUAACUGGACCAGUCAUAGCGAACAUCUCACCAUUCCUUAACAAUUACCCUAGCUGCUGGCCCAUUUCUAGGCACAAUUUGAAACACCGUGCUUGCCUUCAAAACUCUACAUGGCCUGGUGCCUGAAGGAGUUCUUUCUCCCUGUCUGGAACUUAUUCCUUCCUCUGAAUCUUCUAAAGUUAGGUGGCUGUAAACAAGAACAGAGCUUUCUAAGUUGUGGCCUCCAAUUGUGGAAUGCCCUCCCUAAAGGCACAUGCCAGGACCUAAAUUUGGAAUAUUUCAGUGCCAGGCAGACAUCUUUUAUUUGCCCAGGACUUCCAGCAUGUUUUGGUAGGUGGUUUUAAUUAAUUGUUUUAUUGUUCUUCUGGAUUUUAUCAUUCUGAGGGCAUUGUUCUGUAGUUUUUAACACUGAGUUUUUAUUGCACUUGUUUUAACAUGUAAGGUGCCCUGGGCAUUUUAUACUUAAAGGUGGCAUAUAAAUGUGUUUAUUAAAUUGUUGCAAUGUAUUAAUUUCUUGACCUCAAAUGUGUAGCCAAAUCCCAGGCAAUUUUAUGUUAAGACUACUGAUGUUUGAUAUUCCUUCUGAGAUAUGAGAAAAAUCAAUAUAUUUUUUUAAACCCACUGCAGAAUAGAUGGGCAUUCUCAUGUGACUCAUCUAACGUGCAGCCAUUCCUCAAUAGAUGUUAUUAAAGUAUUGUAGCAAUUGUGCAUUUGGCAUUGCUCAUGCACAAUUGUCAUUACAAACGUUUAAUGUAUUAUUUACACUGUUACUUUUUCCACACAGUAAUUUAAAAUUCAUAAACUAGAAACAAACAGCUUCAAAUAAUGUUUUUUGUAGUAUUUUACAAGUCAUUGAUUUAUAUACAGGUUUUAUGUAAAGGUUGCUAGCUUUACUAAGCAGCCACCUUUGAAGUCUCAUGUAAAUGAAGGGGAGGUUAAUGAAGGAUGGCCCCAACUGACUCUGCAAUUAGUUCAUUAUAAAAUGCAUUUGCACUGACAUAAGGAUGAUUAGUACCUAUUUUACUGGAUGAGAACACAGAACUAGCAAAAAUUACCACCACUCAGUUGUUGCAAGGUUGUUUUUAAACAGUUUUAACUGCUGUGUGUUGACAGUGUAACAAUUCAUCUCAUUACAUAAAUAAAUGUGUUCACAUUUAACUGCCAUGAAAAAUAAAUCAAUUUGAUUA